CUAAUUUAUAUAUUGUGUACAACUUGCAUAUCUAAAAAAAUGGCUAAAUAGUACUAUCUAUGCUUUAAUUAUGUGAAAAGGGUUAUUUUUCCAAAUCUUUCUGCUAAUACGAUCAAAUCUUUUAAUAAUUUAUAGUACUAAUAAUGCCAAGCAACGUGGAAACAGCAACCAAAGACCUACUCCAUGAGUGCAUGAACUAACACAAGUCCCUUAAAUUUAAUCUCAAAGAAAGAAAAGAAAUACAGAAGAACAACACAAGUCCCUCAAAUUAAUCUCAAACAAAGAAAAGAAAAACAUUAGAAUUUCAUUGAACACAAAAUAGAUGCAAUGGACAACAUCGUUGGCAACCGAUGGGUGGCAACUGUGGCUAGUAUAUGGAUACAAGCAACCAUGGGAGGUUCCUACGCCUUUGGUGUAUACUCCCCUGCACUAAAAUCCUCUCAAUCCUAUGAUCAGUCCACACUUGACACAGUCUCUGUCUUCAAAGACAUUGGUGCUAAUGCUGGUGUCCUCUCAGGUCUCCUGUAUGCAGCCACUGCUGCCUCAUCUGGACCUCAUCGUUGGCGAUGCUUCCAUGGACCAUGGAUAGUCCUUGCUGCAGGGGCAGUCCAGUGCUUCUUGGGAUACUUCUUCAUGUGGCUCGCGGUUGUUGGCCUAAUACCUCGGCCACCUGUGCCCCUUAUGUGCUUCUUCAUGUUCCUAGCUGCCCAUGCUCAAACUUUCUUCAGUACAGCUAAUGUUGUUACAGGUGUUCUGAAUUUCCCAGAAUAUAAUGGGACUAUUGUGGGGAUAUUGAAGGGCUUUCUUGGACUUACCGGAGCAAUGACAAUCCAAGUUUAUCAAGCAUUUUUCAAGGGCAAUCAAAGCACAUUCAUACUAAUGCUAGCUUUGUUGCCAACUACAGUCACUUUCACAGUGAUGUGUUUGGUGAGAAUCAGCCCAGGAAGCAGACCGGAUGACAAAAAGUACCUCAACCAUUUCUCUGUGGUUGCCCUGGUCCUAGCUGCCUUUAUAAUGAUCAUUAUCAUAUUGGAGAAUGUUAUCGAAUUUUCACGAUGGGCACGGUUUAUUACAGUUGCAGUUCUUAUAGUACUGCUCUCAUUACCUCUCAAAACCGCCAUUGAAGCUACUAGAAACGAAAAUAUGUACCGAGUGCUUCUGGAAGGCGAAUCACCAGCUGAGAGUGUUGUUGCAACUGAGGAAUAUAAAGUACUACCUAGUGCUUCAGAUGAGAUACAACCCGUUGAAGAAAGCAUGGAUAUAUUAGAUGCCACAUGUAGCUUAAACUUUUGGUUAUUGUUUAUUGCUAUGUCAUGUGGAAUGGGUUCAGGACUUGCUACUAUAAACAAUAUGAGUCAGAUAGGACAGUCACUUGGCUACGACAUGGUGAAGACCAAUACAUUGGUUUCUCUAUGGUCAAUAUGGAAUUUUCUAGGCCGUUUUGGAGCAGGCUACAUAUCUGAUAUCUUAUUGCGCCAAAAAGGUUUGGCGCGACCAUUAAUGAUAGCAAUAAGUCUAGCAACCAUGACUGUGGGACAUCUUGUUAUUUCAUUAGGAUUUCCGGGGAAUUUGUACAUUGGAACUAUUUUGGUUGGGAUAUGCUAUGGUGCACAGUGGAGUCUAAUGCCUACAAUCACUGCAGAGAUCUUUGGGGUGAAACAUAUGGGUACUAUCUUCAACACCAUUGGUAUCGCGAGCCCUAUAGGAACUUACUUCCUCUCGGUUUGGGUGAUUGGAAAUAUAUAUGACAGACAAGCAAGGAAUUCCAAUACUUGCUAUGGAGUACACUGUUUCAUGUCAUCCUUCUUUAUCUUGGCUUUUGUUAGCUUUUUGGGGUUUCUUGUUGCUUUGACAUUGUUCUUCCGAACAAGGGCAUUUUAUAAGUUUGUUGUCUUAAGAAGAUUACAUAUUCUUUGAAACUGUAAAGCUUGGAUGUAUGUAUCAAUUCUUUUUCCCCUCAAGGAAGGGGUUUCAAUGUGGCUUCUUGUUUGUAUUGUUUGGUCCUAUAGUUACUAUUGAUUACUCUAUUUGUCCCUUACUUUUUCACUAUUUGACCCAAAAUACUCUCACAAAAAAUAAGUCCUUAGUGCAAAAAAAGGGAUAGAGGGAGCACUUAGUAAUUAAUCAUUUGGUAGCAUAUAGGAAGUAACAAACUAACACUUUUUACGAAGUUGUAGUUACAAGGACUUUCAUUGUAUAGGAAUGGUGAAAAUUGUUUGUUUAAAUAGCCCCUUCCAUAUUUACCUCAGAAAGAAGAAAAAAAAAAAAAAAAGAAACCUACAAUGGAAACAAAUCACAUUUAUCUUAAAUUCUAUUGUAAGUUGGAGAGAAUAGGAAUGAAUUGAAUUUUAAGCCAUUGCUUUCAUAUGACAAAGAUGUCAAGUUCCUAUCUUGGCUUUUCCUUUUUUAACCACUAACACUUAUCUAUGACAAAAUGAGCCUUAACAAUCACCCCAUCCUCACCCUCACCACAACUCUGUCAUCUAACUUAUCUCUUUUUUCUCCUUUGCUAUUUAUCCUUUCUCACUUCACCUCCCUUCACUCUACAAAAAUUGUUCUUUUACGGGUUUUUAGGGCUCGAUUUUCAUAAUUACUCCGUAGUACACAUCCUUUAAAAUGUUUAAGUCAGCCCAGCUUUCUUUCUUUCUCCCUUUCCUCCAACUCCAAUCAUUGCUAUCAAAACGCACCAUUAGUAGUCCCGUUACCGGUCGCACUCCCUAGUAAGGGCAAUAUAGGCAUGCAAAAAUAAUUUCAACAAAUGUAUUUAUCACCCUCCCCCUGCCUUCCCUCAUCUUAGUCAUCUAGUGUUAUUUAAGCAAGAAAAUACUCUUCCCUUGGCUUCCUAAACUCGAUCCUAUUCAAACGAGUUGUAAGAAUAUCACCUAUAUCAAUAUGAGCAGUAGUGAAAGAUGGAUGGCAACAGUGGCCAGCAUAUGGAUACAAUCAAUCGUAGGAGGUUCUUAUGCCUUUGGUGUAUAUUCACCUGCAAUCAAAUCCUCCCAAUCCUACGAUCAAUCAACCCUGGAUACUGUGUCUGUGUUCAAAGACAUUGGUAGUAAUGUAGGAGUCCUUUCUGGCCUCCUAUACGCUGCCGUCACCGCCUCCUCCAGACCUCACCCCUGGCAUUGCUUCCACGGGCCCUGGGUGGUCCUUGCGGUAGGAAAUAUACAAUGCUUUUUAGGCUACUUCUUAAUGUGGCUUGCAGUUGUCGGGUUCAUCCCUCGGCCUCCUGUACCCCUCAUGUGCAUCUUCAUGUUCCUAGCUGCCCAUGGUCCAACUUUCUUCAGCACUGCCACUGUUGUCACUGGUGUGCUGAAUUUUCCAGAUUAUAGCGGGACCAUUGUGGGCAUCUUGAAGGGAUUUCUUGGACUGACUGGAGCAAUUUUAAUCCAAAUAUAUCAAGCAUUUUUCAAGGGCAACCAGAGUAACUUCAUUCUAAUGCUGGCUUUGUUGCCAACUACAGUCACUUUCUCACUGAUGUGCUUGGUAAAAAUCUGUCCAGCAAGUGGAUCCGACGACAAAAGGCACCUAAAUCGCUUCUCACUAAUUGCCCUGAUUCUGGCUGUGUUUCUUAUGAUCAUCAUCAUACUGGAAAAUGUACUCGUCUUUCCACAAUGGGCACGCCUUUUUGCACUGGUAGUUCUAUUGUUGUUGCUUGGUUCACCUCUUAGAAUUGCCCUAGAAGCUAUUGGCAAGGAAAAAUCUCAGACACUGCUUCUGGAAAAAGAGCCACUGGCUGACAGUAAUUAUUUACAUGCAUCUGAUGAGUUUGUGGGUGAAAAAGAUUACAAUGAACUAUCCAUUACUUUGAAUGAAAUACCACUACCAGCCGAAGAAAACAUAGAUAUUAUGAAGGCCAUGCAGAGCUUAAACUUUUGGUUGUUGUUUGUUUCCAUGUCUUGCGGAAUGGGUUCAGGGCUUGCUACCAUAAACAAUCUAAGCCAGAUAGGGCAAUCACUGGGUUAUGAUACAGUCAAGAUCAAUACAUUGGUUUCACUUUAGUCAAUAUGGAAUUUCCUAGGUCGUUUUGGAGCAGGGUACAUAUCUGAUAUAUUACUGCGGCAAAAAGGAUGGACACGACCGCUGAUGGUUGCAAUCACUCAAGCAACCAUGAUUGCAGGGCAUCUCGUUAUUUCUUUGGGCUUCUCAGGAAAUUUGUACAUAGGAACUACCCUGGUUGGGAUAUGUUAUGGUGCUCAGUGGAGCCUAAUGCCUACUAUUACUGCAGAGAUAUUUGGUGUUCAGCAUAUGGGUACAAUUUUCAAUACCAUUGGUAUAGCAAGUCCGGUUGGCACUUACAUCCUCUCAGUUUGGGUGAUUGGACAUAUCUAUGACAAACAAGCAGGGGAGGACAAUACUUGCUACGGGGUUCAGUGUUUCAUGGUAUCCUUCUUUAUCUUGGCAUUCAUAAGCCUAUUAGGAUUUCUUAUUGCUCUAACAUUGUUCUUCCGAACUAAGGCAUUUUACCAGUCCGUUGUGCUAAGAAGAUUGCGUUUCCUUAAAAAGUAAAGCUUUUAAUGUAAGGGUUCUUGUUCAUCUAUCAUAUGUUGUUUGGUCCA